CGCAAUUUUAAAAGUUUUGUUUCCGGCUUUUUCAAAACAACCAGAAACGAAGGUUUCAAUAUAAAUUAUCGAUACAGAUGGCCACACGGCCAAUAGAUGGUUGGUCCUACAAUACAUUACACAGAACAACUGUAGUGGCUCAGAGAACAUAUGAAAGGGCUCGUAGCAGGAAUGUAGAAUGGCCAAAACAGAAACCUCCUUGCAUGCCUGUUCAGGAUGUGGAAGAGCCAUUUGUAUAUACAAGUCUAGAUGAAGCUUUCUCCACUAUACUGCAGUUUAUGUCCCAGACUACAAAACAGUGCAAGAAGUAUUACAAAAGCAAUCCCCCAUCUAAUACUCAGGAAGUGGAACAACGACACUGUAACCGGUUUCAUGCUUCACGCAAUACAACACAGUGCAGGAAACCAAUGACCAGCAGUGUACACAGACAGACAGAUCAACAUGUAUCAAGACCAGAAUAUAUACCCUCUCAGUAUACCUAGAUUGACAGUAAAUGUCUUACUUGAUAUAGUGCUGGAUAAUUUUAUUUCUUUUUAUCCAUCUUUAAAAUCACGUUUGGAAUCAGAUGGCUGUAUUUUCCUGUAAGUUUCAGUAAAUACAAUAUUGUUGAAAAUUUUGUCUAAUUAUUAGCAAAUGGAAACUAUGCAUAUUCGAUUAAUUUAUUCUGCAACAUGAGUGAAUUUUGUUGUGAUUUCAAAAUUUUCAAGAACUUACAGUGUAGUAUUAUUACUGGAAGAGUUCUCAAUUUCUUUAGGAUUAUCAAAAAUUUAUUUUGAUGGUGAAUAUUCUGUGUUUAAUUUGACUCAGCUUUAGUCAGCUCAUUUGUUAAAAAUUGCACCCGACUCUUUUUGUCAGCAGAUCUGUUUGUCAGUCGUGCAUUAAUAAUUCUUUUCCAGUACUUUUGUACCAAACAGUGCAGUUUUGUAUUGAUAAUUUACGUGCCUUCAUCUUCUUUCUAAAUCUAAUGUUCAUAAAAUUCUCUUUGUUUUCUGUCUACAUAGUAUACCCUUCAUCAUCACAUUUAAAAUUUUCUUUUUAUCUAUUUUAUCUAUCUACAUAGUAUACCCUUCUUCUUCAUGUUUUUUAUGCAUCUUUAAUAUGAUUAUUUUACGCGACCAAACCACUAAUUUAUCCAGAUUUAAACAAUUUUAACAUUUACUCACUUUUUCAUCCAUCCCGUAUAGCUCAGUUACCAAACAUAGUUGUGGGACAUUUUUAUCAUAACUGUGAAUAGGAUUUAAACUAUUUUGUUCCCAUUCAACAAAAGAAAUAUUACACAAUUUAAAAUUUUUGGCAGGGAAAAAUUAUUUUACUGUAGCUAGUAGAGUAUAUGUAAAUUAGCUCUGUUGUUGAACUAAAUGUUAAGAUUAUGGUACCCUUCCAAAACUUUUUCAGUGUAUAAAAAAAUCUAAACAUAAAAGAAAAUAUUUGUUUUCUGUUGUACUCUUUUAUUAAAUAUGCAGACAAUUUUCUGUUGAAGAUGAGAGAAGAUAUUGUGUGUAGAGAAUGGGUGUUAUUAUUUUUUGGGGGUGGGAGUGAAAUUUUCUAGUCAGUGAAAGAGAGUUUAGCUUCAGUUUUCACAUAAGUUUUGAAACAUAGAUUUUUCACAUUUUUUCUCUCAAUCUAAAUGUAAAUCAAAAUAAUACGUAGAACCACAGGUAAUUUUACUUUAUAAAACUAUGUACACUCUUACAAAAAAAUAUCAAUCAAAAUUAAUGAAAACUAAAAUUCAAAACCAGUUGUAUACAGUGGUACUAAUUUAUUGUGUCCAGUCAGUUAGACUGGUACUAGAAACUUGUGUGGAACCUGAACAUUAGACUGGUGCUUAUUAUUGUGUUCAUUCAGUCAGAUUUGGUACAAAUUAUUGUGUCCAGUCAGUUAGACUGGCACUAGAACUUGUGUUGGAACCUAAACAUUAGACUGGUGCUUAUUAUUGUGUUCAUUCAGUCAGAUUUGGUACUAAUUAUGGUGUCCAGUCAGUUAGACUGGCACAAGAACUUGUGUGGGUGGAACCUAAACAUUAGACUGGUGCUUAUUGUGUUCAGUCAGUCAGACUGGUACUAUGUGUUCAUAAUUUGUGAGAUUUUAUUCUUUUAUAUUGUUAUUAACUUUUUAUGUAAAUUUUAAUAAUAAAAUAACGUAAGUAAA